CGGGGAAACUUAGGAACAGCUCUGCCAUCCUAAGUUUCUGGUAGACUGGUCCUCUUCUCGUCCGCCUCCCUUUUCUUUAUGUCCAUCGGCGUCGAGUUCUACAGCCACACCGCCUUCUGGUGAUCUUCUGUCCCUUCUUUUCUUUGAUCAAAUUUGAUGUGUUUUAUCUUAAUGUCGCUAUAAUUCUGGAUGUUCUUGCAUCAAAAUCAUAACUUUAGCUCAGAACUUCGUUAAAGUCUGAAUUUUGAUUUAUAGGCUGCAAGAAAAUUUGGUUUGGAAGGUCGUAGCUUGUCUUGGGCUCCAUGGUGAUGAUUGCUUGCAUUUGGUUGUGAUAGGGGAUGAGGAAACAGGCUAUCCCAAUUGUGGGAUUGCUUGAAUUGACGUCCAAUUCAGCUGUUACGGUCUUUGCCGACGUUUAUAAGUAUCAUCCAACUGAAAAUUUUCCAACGCCUUUUUGCACCAGCAAGUUAAUAUUAGCAUCGGAUCUAUUGUUAAAACUAAUCCCAUUUAAGAAGUGAGUAGGUCUUUGGAUGUAGACGUGGUUACGUAAGUUCUUUAUUUUUGAUUUUAUUUUGUUUUGCAAGUUUUUGCGUCAAAAAAAAAAAGUGCAUGAGAAACAUCUUGACCUAAGGUGGUCCAUAGUUAUUAGAAAUUAAACUUGGCUUCUGUAGAGGUAAAAAAUUUGCCAAAUUAGACUUCCGAAGAAUUUCCAUAAAAAAAAGGGCAGAAUUCUGACUAAGGUAUGUUCUUUAUAUUUAGUUCUGGUUUUCAGGUCUCCAAUUAGUUUUAAUUGCAAUUUUGUAUUUUUGCAAGUGGCUCGUUCAUCCAACCUCCUCCUUGUUUUGGGAGAAUAAUAGUGAAAAUGCCAUCCAAAGUCACAUAUGGAAUGCCUCCUAAGCGUACAUGCUGAGGGGAGAAAUGACAACCAACUUAGCAAGCUCUAGGUGGCUUCAUUGAGGGAUGGCAAUUUUAGACUUGACCCAUCAAUCCAACCUAUAGACAACUUGCUUUCAAUAGGUUCCGGUUUGAUGUAAAUUUGUUAGGAUAAUAAUCAGGUCUACCUGCCUAGACCUAUUUCUUAAAUGGGACAAGUUCUGGUUUGAACCUUGAACCUGUUUAACUCCUUUCUAAUACGUUUAAUAAUUCGAUCGGGUCAUGACUUGACCCUUUUAAGCCAACCUGCUUAACCUAUUCAACUUGUUUAAAUAUAUUUAAUUUGUUAAAAAUCCAUCUAACGUGUUUAACCUAUUUAACUUGAUUCGAUUUGUUUAGUAAAUGGGCUAUAUUGGCUGGGUUGGGUUAUCUGUUUAAUAAAUAAGUCGGCUUCAAUUUUCAAUUUUUGACCUAUUUAAAAAACAGUUUGGGCUGAUAAAUUUUUAACCCGACCGGCAUCCGACCUAACUCGUAUUCGACUCAUUCAACCCAAAUUGCCACCCCUAGCUUCAUCAUGUCUUUAAUCUAUGUGAACUUAUUAAUUGACAUAGAAAGGGGAAAAAUGGGAAGCUACCAUGGAUGGAAAGGGGGUGGGUAUAGGUUAGAUAGGCCAUUAUCUAUACCUGCCCCCACAAUCAAAACCCACAUACCCAUACCUAUCACAUGUGUAGCUCAGGAUGGGCCGGAUAGAGUUACAUGGGAUAGGUAAAGUUGCAGAAAUCAUUUUUCUAAUUAUAAAGCAAACAAAUAAAAAAAGAAUAUAAAAGUAAAUCUCAGUAUUUUACAUAACAUUAAACAAGAUAAGUGUCCAAGACAUAGAACCUAACGAACUAACUUUUCAAUAAUAAUAGAAAUAUUGUUCCUUAGUAAGUCAAAUUUUCCUCAAACUAAGAAAAGCAAUCAACUAAAUAGAAGAAUAACUAAGCAUUAUCUUGUAGCCUCUCACAUGUUUAAUUUUUCUCGUGAUUGAUUACAAACUUCUUUCUCCAUUAUCAUCAUAAUCAUCAAGGCUUAUAUAUAAUCAAUUCUGGUUUGAGGUAGGUAUUGCAAUUAUCCAUACUUGCCCUGAAUUUGCUACAGGUUUUAGAAUGAAGACGCUUCCCCGCUAUCGACUCUAAAUAUGUGUAAAAUAACCCACUCUAUUUGGGUUGAAUUAGGCCGGAUACUCGAUGAAGCAGAACUUUGUCUUUCAACAUAAAGAACAUUUCUUUCUUCUCCACCUUGAGCGGUUUCAUAUCACAAUUCCUAGUUAAUUUCUUUCUUGCAUUUUCUCUGUUACACACAUUGUUUAAGAACAAUUAGAAGGACCUCCAUUUUUCACCAUUUUAGUUUUAUGAGACCUGAAAGUGCAAAUGAACGUAAUGAGCUUGAAUUUGCAUGCAUUACAAACAGUUUGUCUUCUACAUAUAUGUAUACGGAUUAAGUUUAGGAUACAAUAAAAAUGUCCCCCACAAGCUCUGCUUUAUAGGCACACUAUGUACUAUUCAAAGAAAAUGACAUAAACCUCGUGCAUUUGAAAGAACUUUGAAAAUGUAACUUCAAGUGUUUGAAGAAAACCAUUUGUUCUUCAAAUCUCACUAAUUUAAUAUAGUUGUAAAUUCAAUCAUUUAUUGUUUUUGAGCUAUUACUCUCUCAUGUAAUUAUUUCUUUGCAAUAUUCCCAUCCCAUAAUAAAUUUUAAAUCCCUUUACUAAAGUAAAAUUGGAUAUGUCUAUUAAUCAAUCAACCUCAUUCUACCAAUCGAUUUAAUCAAUUUUGCACAUUAAUAACCUAAUCAAUUACUAGUUAUAGUUUCUCAAAAAACAAUCCACUCAUUCUAGCAAUUACUAGCUCAAUCUAUGGUACAAAUCACCAGUAUUGCUAAAAAAACGUUUGAAUUGAUGCGCCAUCCUUGGAUCGAUAAAGACUGAGGUUGAAAGUGAUUGACAUGGAGACUACUUUGUGCCUUAGUUUUAUUAAAUAGCUAUUGAUAAUCUUAGAUGAUUUUAGGCUUAGGGUAUUGUCACAUGGGUUUGGGUUGUAUCUUUCCUGCGAAAGAAUGAUUAAUCUUUUUUCACGAUAUCAACCAUUGGAUUACAUCUUGCACAAAUCUCAAAGGAUCCCAGCCUUUUUAUUCAUCCAUCUGCACAGAUCUCAAAAUGGCCAUUGUGCAAUUCAAUGGUUGAUGUUGCAACAAAAGAUGAAUCAUUCUUUCGCGUGAAAGAUAUAGCUCAAACCAUUUGGCAUAAAAGAAUUUUGAAGUGUUGAUUUUUGAACAAAAAGCCAAGAGAGAUUUAUAUUUUUUUUAUUUUAUUUUAUUAUUUUUUUGGUACAAUGGCGGCUCACAUAUGGCGGGUUAGAUUUAUAAACUAAAAAGGAAGGACCUUGACCAAGGCAAAUUUAUUUUGGCAUACUGGGAUUUGCUCCUCUUGAAGGUUAGAUUUAUUACAUAAUAUUCCAAUUAAGCGAGCUCAAAACCAAGAAAGGGGUUAAUAGAUUCCACCAAGAAGUAGCAAUAAGUAUUUUGAUGGAAUGGGGAGGAAGUAAGGUAAUUCCCUCACUCAAUUUAAUUGAUUUAAACUAAGUCGAUGUAUAAUAAAUUCUUUAACAGAACAAGGAGCAAUAAGUAGAUGUAAAACAAUUCAUACUUUAAUGAAGGCUGUCUGACGAACAAAGAAUCCCAAUAAAAAAAUUCUGAAUAUAUUAAGCUCCGGAGAGGACACCCAAGUUAAUGGAAGAUAACUAGAUCCAGCUGCCAGUGUGGUUAAUCCACACUUUGCUUACUUUUCAUCUUUGUUAAUUGGUUACCGACAUCCCAGGUGUUCUCUGUUCUGUUUCCUCUCUUCCAGAUUUUGGUUGCUAGAGAUCAUCGUGCAAGAAGGAGAUGUCUGAUCCCUUCAUCUCAAAGCUCCUUGAUGUCCUAGUCGCUUUGGUGAAUGAUGAGGUGGCCAUGCUCUGGGGUGUGAAGGGAGAGAUCAAACGGCUCCAACAAAGACUCGGAACCAUAAACGCCGUCCUCGUCGAUGCUGAAAAUCGAAGGAUUCAGAACAAAGCCAUAGACGACUGGCUCAAGAACCUGAAGGACGUCAUGUAUGACGCUGAUGACAUCCUCGACGAAUGCCAGAUCGAGACCGAGAAAUCUAAAGCUGCAGUCUCCUCUAGAAGUCAACCUUGCUCUUGCCUCUUCUAUUGCCCUUGCUUUGGCAAGACGGUGUUUGCUCAUCAGAUUGGCAGGAGAAUCAAAGGCCUCAAUCAUAGGCUGGACGACAUCUUGCAAGACAGUUCUAGAUUUAAUCUCCAGCCCUUUUCCGCCGACCGCGGUGACCACCGAUCCACUUCUCUAUUUGGCAGGCAGACAUCUCCCGUAGCUGAGCUUGAUAUCGUAGGGUCCAAUAUCCAGAAGGAUACCGACAAACUCGUGGAGUUGUUGAUAAACGAGGAUAGUCGGGAAAAUAUUCUUGUACAUGCCAUCGUAGGAACUGGGGGAAUUGGCAAGACCACUCUUGCUCGGAAGAUUUUUAACGAUGAAAGGAUAACAACCAAGUUCUUGAUGACGCUCUGGGUCUGUGUGUCCAAAGAUUUUGAAGAGACCAGUCUACUGAAAGAGAUCAUCACUCAGGCGAAGGGCAAUCCAGGAGGCGCUUCUAGCAGAGCACAGCUCGAGCCCAAGGUUCGAAACGCCGUCGCAAAUGAGAAAUUCCUGCUCGUCUUGGAUGACGUGUGGGACCCAAAAGUAUGGAAUGAUUUACUCCGAAACCCCUUGCAGAGUGCGGCAACUGGAAGUAGGGUCCUUGUGACCACAAGAAGCCAUGGGGUUGCAUCGAGAAUGAAGGCUGUACGACCUCAUCAUCAAGUGGAGCUCUUGACUGCUGAAGAUGGUUGGGUGCUGCUAUGCAAGAAGGUGGCUUUGAGCGGGGAGGAGGGAGAGAUCGAAGAUUUAGAGGAUAUCGGAAAGGAGAUUGUUCAGAAAUGUGGUGGUCUUCCUCUUGCUAUUAAGACCAUUGGAGGAGUAUUAUCAACAAAGAGCGGGACCAAGACGGAGUGGGAGAGAGUUCUUAGAACCCUUUCAAGCAAUCCUUGGUCUUCUUCGACCCACUUUUCCCAAGAGGUUCAACCAGCGCUAUGGUUAAGUUAUGAAGACUUGCCAUCUCAUCUUAAGCAGUGCUUUUUAUAUUGCUCGUUGUUCCCUGAGGAUUAUAUAUUCAAUCGUGUAGCUCUAAUUUAUUAUUGGAUCUCUGAAGGGUUCAUCCAUGAAGAAGGAGAUCUAACAUUGGAAGAGUUAGGUGAAGAUUAUUAUGGGGAACUUGUUCAGAGGAGUUUUUUGCAACCAGGUCCAGAUAAUUUUUCAAAUUGCACCGUGCAUGAUAUACUAUGGUCUCUUGCUCGGUUUUUAGCAUUCCGUCUGAGAGUACUAAAGUUUUCAAACUCUCUGAUCAAAAAAUUGCCAGACUCCUUAGAAAAUCUCAUACAUCUACGUUAUUUAGAUCUGUCAUUUUCCGACAUAAGUGCCCUACCAGAGAGCAUAGGAAACCUUGUAAAUCUGCAGUUCUUGAUCCUCGGGGGCGCAAAUCUACGCAGCCUUCCUAAAGGGAUCGGAAAGUUGCAAAACCUGCGGUUUCUUCUGCUUGUUGAAUCAGAACUGGCGAAGCUUCCAUCACUAGGGAAGCUCCCAAACUUGAAUUCCUUCUACAUAGUAGGAGCACGUGCUAUCAAAAAGAUUGGGACUGAAUUUCUGGGUCAGGAACCUGAUUGUAGCAGUGAUCAAGGUGGCAGGAUGCAAAUUUUUCCAAAGUUAACAAAAUUGAUAUUUGCAGAGAUGCCCGACUGGGAGGAAUGGGAAUGGGAGGUGAAGGAUGAUGACAGAUUGACAACCGUACCAAAGUUAAAAAAAUUGGCACUUCAUGAUUGUCCAAAGUUGAGGUCUCUUCCUUCUGGUCUUGUUCACCAUGCCACUACCCUAACAAAGCUGCAGAUAGUAUCCUGCGAUAGUCUAAAAGCAAUCAGGGGCUUUUCCUCCAUCCAAGAACUGAAAAUAGCUGACAGCCCUAAUCUAGAGGUUGUUUCAGACCUUCCUAGCUUGAAAACAUUGAAGUUGAAAGAUCAUGACAUGCGGGCCCUGCCAGAGUGGUUAACUGACUUCCCUACACUCAACAAGCUUGAGAUCGAGGCCGAUGAACAACUACUCCGCAGAUGCCUCAAUGAUGGCUUAGAUUGGCCCAAGAUUGAACAUAUCCCCUACGUAUAUGCCAAGAGUAGUUAUAGAUCCAGAUACAUCUCCAAGAGUCCCUCGGGGUUCAGCACCAACUUAAAUGAUUAUGUUGAAGAUCAUGAGUAGAGCACACAAGGUUCUCUCUUCGCAAUGAGAUGGAUUUUAUGCAACCAACUUGAGGAUCUUGGAGGAAGAUAUUAGUGCUCUAACUUUGUGAUAGCUCUUCAUGUAUCAUUAGGAACUACCUUUCGUCUGUUGGCAUGUACUUAAUGGUUGUUUCACCCAAAUACUGCUUUUAUAUGACCAAAUAAGUUGGAGCUCUGUAUGGUGGUUAUGAACUUAUGCAAUGAUACUAUGAAUAUGAUGGUAUUUUUGUUCAAUAUUCUAA